AUGGGUUUAUAUCCGAUGGCGUUCUCUGGAACGACACGUGUGGAAAGCGCGGCACGAUACAUGGCCAAGAGCCGAGCGACGGCUGUGGUCAUUGUGGGUGAGGACGGACGACUGCGGGGAAUUCUUACCGAACGGGAUAUCCUUACCCGCAUCGCUGCUCGUGGCGCAGAGCUCCACAGCACCACCCUCGAGUCGGUCAUGACACCCGAGCCCGACAGCGUGGCGCCCGAGACGCCGCUUGAUGAAGUCCUCGCUGCCAUGCAUCGUGGCCAUUAUCGCCAUCUUCCGGUCGUAGAUGACGCUGGCGCUCCGCUUGGUCUCCAUGACGUGCUCGAGGUGACGUACGAUCUUGUUCUGGGAUCGUACGCGACGGCAGAGUCGGCAAGGGCCAUGAAGUGGCGCGUCUCGCACGCGCUCAAGGUCUAUGACAAGACCGCGAGGGCCUCGUCGCUCUUUGGAUCCACGGCAACGGCAGGCGCGGCGUGUGGCGCGGCGGCCAAGUCGCUGCUGUUCCCGUCGGACGCGCCCGUCGCACGCGCAGUCGCCCACAUGGAUAUCCGCCGGCUGUCGGCGCUUCUGGUCGUAGCGCCGGGUACCUCGUCGUUGGUCGGCAUCUUUACCGAGCGCGACUUGCUCGCUCGAGUCCUUGUUGCGGGCAAGGACCUGGCGACGACGACCCUGGCCGAGGUUAUGACCGCAUCUCCGACGACGGUCACGCCGACGACCGCGCCCAUGGAGGCGCUGGAAAUGAUGCUCGAGGGCAAGUACCGCCACCUCCCAGUUGUGCGUGGUAAGCGGCCGUACGGCAUGCUUGACAUGCUGCAGCUGACAUCGGAGGCGUCACUUGCACCGCAGACGCCUGCCCGCGAGUUUGCACCGCCUGCUGGCCCGGGCACGCCGGCGCCGGGCGCUUCCACCUCUGGAGCGGCGCUUCCGACCUCGCCACCGGCUCCUUUUGAGCUCGGUGUCUCGGCCAUUUCGGCCGAGGUCUCGACGACAUACUUUUUCAAGUUUAAGCACGGCGGCUCGACGUUCCGGGCUUCGGCGUCGGGCGAGUCGUACAUCGAACUCAUCGAGUCGGUGCGGACCCGGAUCAAGGCUCCGCGCGGCGCUGGCAUCGAGCUGGCGUACAAGGACGACGAGGACGACGACAUUGAGCUCGGAUCAGACUCGGAACUCCGCGACGCAGUCCAGCUUGCCGAGGAGCUCGGGUGGCGGACCAUUAAGCUGAGCGUGGUGGUCCGCGCCGGCGCGGAUAUCGAUGCGUCGGUCGAUGCCUCGGCCGACGCCUCGUCGCUCUUCCACAACGACUCACUGGCGUCGACGGCGUCGGCGGCUCCGGUGGCGCCGACUAUCUCGCCGACGGCCGAGGCCGAGGAGGCCGGCAAUGCCGCUAUCCGCGACUCGCAGUUUGAGGCAGCUGCUGCGGCGUACGCAGCGGCGGCCGAGGCGGCGGCCGACACGCCGAUUGCCACCCGUGUCCGGCUGCAGACCAAGCUCGGGACGGUGCAUUCGAUCCUAGGGGCCCACGACGCGGCGCUCAGCGCGUUCGACGCGGCGUUGGCUCUCGCGGGCGAGGCCGGUGAGGCUUGCCAGCCCGAAGUGGCACAGGCUGCGCAGGUGUGCACGGCGUCCAAGGCCGAGAUCCUACUGGAGACGGCGCGGUACGAGGCUGCGGCGGCAGCGCUGUUUGCGCUCCCGCGGGCAUCGGAUGCCUUUGACGAGCUCCUCGCCAAGUUUGUGGAGGAGAAGGACGAGCUGAAGGCCGAUGGCUCGUCGCUCUUUGCCGAGGGCGCGUACGUCGACGCCAUGUCGGUGUACAACUCGGCGCUGCGCCUGGUGGCGGCGCUGGCGGCCGGAAACGGGUUCCCGCUCGACCACGCGCUGUACGCCAACCGUGGUGCGUGCUACAUGCACAUGGGCGACGCUGAGCUGGCGGCAGCGGACCUGCGCAAGGCGCUUGACAUCAACCCCGAGUAUGUCAAGGCAUACCUUGCGCUCGGCAAGCUGCAUGUUUCGGCCGGCGAUUUUGACGCUGCCGCCGCCGUUCUUGGCCGUGGCCUCUCGCUCGCUCCGGACCAUCCCGGCCUUGUCCGCGAGAUGGAGAAGGUGCACAAGGCGGUGGCGCCCGAACAACAGCCUGAGCCGCAGCCCGAGGCGCAGCCCGAGGUUGAGCUCACUGCUGCUGCCGCGGACGACGACGGCGACGACGGCGAGGACGAUGUCAAUGAGUCGCUGCUUGCGCUCCAGCUGCAGAACCUGAUGUCGUUGACGGCGAUGGCGUCGUCGACACCGCCGGCGGCGGCCAAGGCCGAGUCGCGUGCUUCGACACCUGCGACACCUGCGACUCCGGCUUCGGCUGGCACGCCGGUCCACAACGAGUCGCACGAGUUUACCUCGCCAAACUCGUCUCUCUCACAGACGCUGCAGCUGCUGGCGGAGCGGACGCGAGUGCUGGCGGAGCAGAUCGAGGGCGCCGAGUCGCCGAGUCAGUCGGGUGACGAGAACGCGGUGCCGUCGCCGUCGCCGUCGCCGUCGCCAUCGCCGUCGCCGUCGCCAGUGGCGAUGGCCCAUGUGGCAGGCAAGGCGACGGCGGGAAGUCCGGGAGGAGCCGAAAACCUUUCGGCGCAGCUGCGGCAGCUGAACGCGAUGACGGCGGCGCUGUGCUCGGCGACGGCCAACCUGCGGUCGCCGGAGAAGCGGCGCGCGCCGCGGAGCCGGGCGGUCUCGACAGAGCCGCUGGUCCUGCUUGCGCGGUCGAUGCAGUCGCCGCAGCAGCUGUAAAUUGAGAACCAAAGAGGA